AUGAAUUAUGUAAUUAAAUAAACAGAAUAAUUUUUAAGGGGUCUAAAGACAUGUCAUUCAAUUGAUUAGAAUUUACAUUGUUACUUUUCUAAAAAUGGUAUAUUGAAAUAUAAAAAAUUAAGGAAUUUUAUUGUUGAGCAAUUAUCAAUAAUUUGAGGAUGUUGAAACAAAAAAGCCCACUUUUUUUAUAUAUUUUAAUUCUAAUUCAUUUGAAUAACUCUAAACUAAUUCAAUUCAUUAUAAAAUGCCUUAAACAUUAACUCCAGAUCUAUAAAUAAAACUAUAAAAACUCAAUUCUACUUUGGAUAAAUUAGCUUUCGAAUUGAACAUUCUUUAAUUAUAUACAAGUUUAAAACCUUUUAAAAAAUAAAUUAAAAAAAUAGAGAUAUAAGUUUAUUACACUAUUUCUCAAUUGAGAGUAAUACAAAAAUUUAAAAUGAUUGUAUUUUUUAAGGAUUCAUUUUUUACUAUUGAAUGCCCAAUUAUUUAAUUAGAUGAAAUAGAAUAAAUGGAAUUGAUUAGAAAAUAUAUGGAAAAGAGAAGACACUUAGAAGUAUUAGAGGUUGAUCCAAAAAUCUCAGAAUAUUUAAACGAUUUUAAUGAAAAAGAAGCGCUUUAAUUUAUUUUGAAGAGAAAUACUAUUGAAAUUCAUUUAAAUAGUCAAAAAUAGGAAACAUCUCUAGAAUUAAAUAGUGGAUUUUUAACUUAAUAUAAGUUUGAUGAUUUUAUUAGUAUUUACAAAAAUGUUAACACUAUCAAUAUAGAACCAAAUAUAUUAACUCCUUUUCAUGGAUAUGGAUUCAAAAUCUCUAUUUCAAAAGAUGUUAAUUAAAAAGCCAGAAUAUUUAUUUCUUAAGAUUGGCAAGAUUAAAUCAGUAUGGUUUUAAAAUCCAUUACCACACUUACUAAUAGGAUAAAAGUUAUCUCAAUCUUAGAUGAUGAUUGUAAUGAUGAUGAAUUGUAUAUUUAAUUUCAAUUAAAUUUUAGAUUAGAUAUUAUAGCUGAAUAUUAAAUUGAUAGAGUAUAGGAAUAGGAAUCAGUAAUGUAAAUCUAAUAAGUUGAAGAAUAAUAAUAGAUAAGAAAGAAAAUAAAAAUGAAUUAAAAAAUUUGA